GCGUCCCUGCUGCUGGGGUGUGAUUGGAGGGAAACCCCGUGGACUCGACAUUCAGACCGGUUGUGAGAGAAGCAGCUGUGUAACGUAGCUAGCGAGCCACACCGACAACACCACUAGCCCUUUGCACUCAGUCCUGAGUAGCCAUGGUUGACAAGAGCGAGGUGGUUCAGAAGGAGCUGGUCCAGAAGGCCAAGCUGGCGGAGCAGGCCGAGCGCUACGACGACAUGGCGGCCUCCAUGAAGGCUGUGACGGAGGAAGGCACCCAGUUGUCCAACGAGGAGCGGAACCUCCUCUCUGUGGCCUAUAAGAACGUGGUGGGCGCUCGGCGUUCCUCCUGGAGGGUGGUGUCCAGCAUCGAGCAGAAGACUGAGGGCAGCGAGAAGAAGCAGGCCAUGGCCAAGGAGUACAGGGAGAAGAUAGAGAAGGAACUGAAGGAGAUCUGUAACGAUGUGCUGGGUCUUCUGAACCAGUUCCUCAUCCCCAAUGCUACUCCGGCCGAGAGUAAAGUGUUCUAUUUGAAAAUGAAAGGAGAUUACUACCGCUACUUAGCCGAGGUGGCGGUUGGAGAGGAGAAAGCCGCCAUCAUCGGUAACUCCCAGGAGGCCUAUAAGGAUGCGUUUGAGAUCAGCAAGAAGGACAUGCAACCCACCCACCCGAUUCGUCUGGGCCUGGCUCUCAACUUCUCUGUCUUCUACUACGAGAUCCUCAACUCCCCCGAGCAGGCCUGCAAACUGGCCAAGACGGCAUUCGAUGACGCUAUUGCAGAGCUGGAUUCUCUGAGUGAAGACUCCUACAAAGACAGCACCUUGAUCAUGCAGCUACUGAGAGACAACUUGACACUGUGGACCUCAGACAACCAGGGAGAUGGAGAGGAUGCUGAGGAGGGUAGAGACUGACCUGGUUCCUGUUUCCUGGUCUGUCUGUCUGACUGACUGUCAUCAUCCUCUAUCUAUCAACACUGAGACAGACAGACUGACCACCUCAUCCUGCCCAACGCUUCUCUUUAGUUCUGUCUGUCACGUCGUAUCACACCUCCAUACGUUUACUCUUCUUUCGGGAAUCAUUGUGGGAGGGGUUGCUUUCCAGGACUUGGUUGUGGGAGGGGUUGCUUUCCAGGACUUGGUUGUGGGAGGGGUUGCUUUCCAGGACUUGGUUGUGGGAGGGGUUGCUUUCUAGGACUUGGUUGUGGGAGGGGUUGCUUUCUAGGACUUGGUUGUGGGAGGGGUUGCUUUCUAGGACUUGGUUGUGGGAGGGGUUGCUUUCUAGGACUUGGUUGUGGGAGGGGUUGCUUUCUAGGACUUGGUUGUGGGAGGGGUUGCUUUCCAGGACUUGGUUGUGGGGGGGUUUCGUUCCAGGACUUGGUUGUGGGGGGGUUUCUUUCCAGGACUUGGUUGUGGGAGGGGUUUCUUUCCAGGACUUGGUUGUGGGAGGGGUUUCGUUCCAGGACUUGGUUGUGGGGGGGUUUCUUUCCAGGACUUGGUUGUGGGAGGGGUUUCUUUCCAGGACUUGGUUGUGGGAGGGGUUUCGUUCCAGGACUUGGUUGUGGGGGGGUUUCGUUCCAGGACUUGGUUGUGGGGGGGUUUCUUUCCAGGACUUGGUUGUGGGAGGGGUUUCUUUCCAGGACUUGGUUGUGGGAGGGGUUUCGUUCCAGGACUUGGUUGUGGGGGGGUUUCUUUCCAGGACUUGGUUGUGGGAGGGGUUUCUUUCCAGGACUUGGUUGUGGGAGGGGUUUCGUUCCAGGACUUGGUUGUGGGAGGGGUUUCGUUCCAGGACUUGGUUGUGGGAGGGGUUUCGUUCCAGGACUUGGUUGUGGGAGGGGUUUCGUUCCAGGACUUGGUUGUGGGAGGGGUUUCGUUCCAGGACUUGGUUGUGGGAGGGGUUUCGUUCCAGGACUUGGUUGUGGGAGGGGUUGCUUUCCAGGACUUGGUUGUGGGAGUUGUUGCUUUCCAGGACUUGGUUGUGGGAGGGGUUUUGGGACGUAUAUUAUGGUAUGUUGGGGGGAGGGACUUGUCUACUGAGCGUAUAAUUAUUUGUGGGCGGAGCAACAUGGUGUUACAUGUGGGUUGAUGGGGGAGGGGAAGUUCUCAACUCAUGCAAUUAACCUGGUCUAGUCCUCUACCUGUGUUCAGGUUGGGAAUGAACCUGGUCUAGUCCUCUACCUGUGUUCAGGUUGGGAAUGAACCUGGUCUAGUCCUCUACCUGUGUUCAGGUUGGGAAUGAACCUGGUCUAGUCCUCUACCUGUGUUCAGGUUGGGAAUGAACCUGGUCUAGUCCUCUACCUGUGUUCAGGUUGGGAAUGAACCUGGUCUAGUCCUCUACCUGUGUUCAGGUUGGGAAUGAACCUGGUCUAGUCCUCUACCUGUGUUCAGGUUGGGAAUGAACCUGGUCUAGUCCUCUACCUGUGUUCAGGUUGGGAAUGAACCUGGUCUAGUCCUCUACCUGUGUUCAGGUUGGGAAUGAACCUGGUCUAGUCCUCUACCUGUGUUCAGGUUGGGAAUGAACCUGGUCUAGUCCUCUACCUGUGUUCAGGUUGGGAAUGAACCUGGUCUAGUCCUCUACCUGUGUUCAGGUUGGGAAUGAACCUGGUCUAGUCCUCUACCUGUGUUCAGGUUGGGAAUGAACCUGGUCUAGUCCUCUACCUGUGUUCAGGUUGGGAAUGAACCUGGUCUAGUCCUCUACCUGUGUUCAGGUUGGGAAUGAACCUGGUCUAGUCCUCUACCUGUGUUCAGGUUGGGAAUGAACCUGGUCUAGUCCUCUACCUGUGUUCAGGUUGGGAAUGAACCUGGUCUAGUCCUCUACCUGUGUUCAGGUUGGGAAUGAACCUGGUCUAGUCCUCUACCUGUGUUCAGGUUGGGAAUGAACCUGGUCUAGUCCUCUACCUGUGUUCAGGUUGGGAAUGAACCUGGUCUAGUCCUCUACCUGUGUUCAGGUUGGGAAUGAACCUGGUCUAGUCCUCUACCUGUCUACAUGGUAAAGAUCUUGUGCUUGACAACAUUGCUUGAUUCAUUUGUGGUUCGACUUCAGUUUCUCUUGCUUGGAGGAGACAGCAGCGAGCGGUUGUAGUCUGUAGCCAGGCGACUGACGGCAGGAGCAUUAGGGGAUAGUCCUGAGGCGUCUUAUCGAUGGUGGGUUGGCGUGGUCCUUGUGCUGCUCCCCAAAUGGCACCCUAUUCCCUAUAAAGUACACUACUUUUAGACCAGAACCCUAUGGACCUUGGUCAAACACCUGUGCACUAUGUAGGGAAUAGGGUUCCAGUAGUGCACUAUGUAGGGAGUAGGGUUCCAGUAGUGCACUAUGUAGGGUUCCAGCUGAGAGGAAAACCUUGGAUAGUGAUGUUACAUUCCAUUAAACUGUCACUGUUCUGCUUCAGCUUCUUCUUCUUCUUCUUCAGUUUCACUGACCUGCUAACGCCAUUUUGUAUUUCUGUGUCAAGUAGGAGGUUUGGGAAAAGUCUAGAACAAAGAGGACACCUAAUACUCAGACUGUUUUAAACCAGCAGAGCGAGGAAGAAUUUUCCCUCGUUGUUCAUCUAGUUGCUGCUUCUUCUUUCCCCAGUUGAGGUUUUUAUUUUCAUUUGAGGGUUUUCUUUUGCUGCUUGCGGUUCAGAACUAGUUAACGGGGAGAAAAGGGAGGUUGUUGUCGGGCUGGUUGUCUUUGUCCAUGUCUUUUUUGGAAAUUUUCAUACGAAACACCCAAGCAUAACUGUUAUUUCAUGUAUGUGGAAUUAAAAAGAUAAUUUAAAAGUU